GGUCGACUCAGCCCUCCUCACCUCCUUAUUGGCUGGCAGGAUUUUGUCGACUCAAGCCACGGAAUGUUGGACGAGCUUGCAACACCAGAGAAGGCCCAAAGAUGCUGGACUCUGCGUCAGGUAUUUCUCACCCUGUUGAGAAGAAGACGUAUUGGAUGAGAAUGGCCAGUGAGGGUCCCGCCAGCCUCCUGGGAACCUGACGGGCUCCUGCAGAGAGCCAGAGACUCGAGCAUCCAGGAGGGCAACCGUCCCGGGCGAACCAUGCUGUGAGGACCAACCGAGCCGGACAUCGUCGCUGCUUUGUUUUGGGUGUUUUGUUCCUGUCGGCGGUGUGGAGUGUUACGAGAGGACUUAAUCGGCGCAGCACCAUGGGAGCCUCCAGUGACAAGGCAUCCUGGCCCCGGACGCUGCUUGUCCUAAUGCUGUGCGCCGCCUGCGCUCUCUGCCAGGAGGAAUAUUCCGGAAACCACUCGGGUGAGGAUCACACCUUUGAGGGCUCGAUCCUGGACCCCUAUGACCACUUGAGGCCCCCGCAGCCAGAGUCUUCCCAUGGCUACGACGAGGACCAGAAUCCCGAGGAGGAUGACUACGACCCUUACGGGCCCGCCCCCACCCAGGUCACCAUGAUCACCGAGGACGCUUACCCUUACGUCACCCCCACGGAGUCACACUACGCCAAGGAGGACAAGCUGGGUCGGAGGAAGGUUCCGUUCAAGCACCGGGGACCUGACGGCGGAUCCUCAGAGGAGUCUGGUGGCGACACGGCCCUCGGCGAGGAGGGUCCCACCGAGUGUGACUGUGAACCCGGAGAGCCGGGAUUCGCCGGGUUCGCUGGACCCAAGGGCUUGCGAGGCAUGCAGGGUAAAAUGGGAGCGCCAGGGCAGCAAGGCAGAGAGGGUUAUAAAGGAACAAAAGGAGUACAAGGCCGAAGAGGAGACGCUGGCCCUGUGGGUGAUCCCGGACCCGAAGGCGAAGAUGGAGGUUCGGGUUUCUUGGGCGGUAUGGGAGAACCAGGACUUAUAGGCGACCGGGGUGAGCGCGGAGAUCCGGGUCUGAAGGGCGAUUCCGGCAUGGAGGGACCGCGAGGAGGAGUCGGAGGGACCGGUAACACUGGUUCUCGCGGUGAUGCUGGCUCGCCGGGAUCUAGAGGAGGUCAAGGUCCCAAGGGGUCCGUGGGUGAAGAGGGCAAAGUGGGAGUUCAAGGACCAGAUGGACACAAGGGUCAGACUGGAGCACCUGGAUUCCCAGGAGACAUUGGCGACAGAGGAUACAAUGGUUAUCAUGGCCAGCCGGGUGGGCGCGGGCCAAGCGGACCAAAGGGUACCAAAGGUCUUGGCGGCAUUCCGGGCGGCGAUGGUGACCCUGGAGAAGAUGGUCCCAUAGGUGUCCCAGGCCUGAUGGGAGAGCCAGGUUCCUUCGGCGCCAAGGGCAGCAAAGGCGAGCGCGGCAUUCGAGGACCACAAGGCAGAGUGGGCCCUGUGGGUCCUAGAGGUGAGCAAGGAGAUGCCGGGAUACCCGGCAAGCCAGGACCAAUGGGACUCCAGGGACCCCUUGGGCCCAAAGGCGAGACCGGACCGGAUGGUGAAAUGGGUGCAAAGGGUAGAAGAGGGAUAAAGGGCCCGAAAGGACAAAAGGGUGCGCUUGCCGAUCGUGGAGACAAAGGAGAGCGUGGUCCCAAAGGUGCGGUCGGUCGGGCCGGCAAUCCCGGCCCCGCGGGUCCUCCCGGUAUCCCGGGAAGCCGAGGUACCCGCGGCCCUCUCGGAGACCCUGGCGCCAGAGGCCUAGCCGGAUCCAAAGGAAUUCAAGGUCCCAUCGGUCCCGGGCUGUCGGACGAGCAGGUGCUGCAGCUGUGCCGCAGUGUGGUCACUGCUCAGCUCUCGCAGUACGCCCCCUCCAUCCGUGCUAAGUGCACGCAAGGAUGUCCCAUCAACAACCGCACACUCAUCGGACCCCCCGGAGCCAAAGGACCUGCGGGACCAGCCGGCAAAACGGGCAAAGCGGGCAGAGCUGGAUCCAAGGGAGCCCGCGGUGUUCAGGGAGACCAAGGCCUGGAGGGAGAGAAAGGAGCGCAGGGUGAACGAGGCAAAAAGGGUCCGAAAGGAAAUUCGGGUGAUCCGGGAAAAGGCUUCCCGGGACUUGAUGGACCACAAGGAGCCCCUGGUUUUCCUGGUGAGCCUGGCGUAGCCAAAAACGGCAUGGAGGGCCCGCGCGGUGCGCGCGGAUUCCCGGGUCCAAUGGGCAUCACCGGGAUGAUGGGAAUCGCCGGGGUUCCAGGUUUCUGCGAGGCUCGGGACUGCAGCAUCCACGCACCAGUGAUGCGCAAAGAGCAGGGUCUGGUUAAGGGACCUCGCAGCUCCUAAAUUAAACAUUACCUUAGUGGGAGAGUCACUUUGUCACCAUCAUUUUGCAUUAUUUAAACUUCAAGCUGAUGAAAACGUCAGUGGGCCGAGUACAGACCCAAGGGACACUUUGCUCCAGGAACAUUCUGUUUGGUCUCCAUUUUCUUAGUUGGGUCUAAGGUCUUCAAACGUUUCGUUCAGUUUCAAUUUUAGAUUCUGAUCUGUAAAAACUAAAGCAAAUGAGCAUUCAGUGCCAUUGGGAAGUAUUUACAAGACAUAACUUUAUCCUCAUUUUGUUAUUUUGCAUCUUUAUUCCAAAAUGGAUUACACAAACCUCUACAUACUCAACCUAUUUUUUUCAUGAAUAUAUGUGAAUGUGCCCAAAGUAAAAAACAAAACAAAACAAAAAAAAAACACGGUUGCAUCUUUGUUAGCAGUUACAGCUUCAAAACAUUUUGAUGCUACAUGCCUGGCACACUUUGGCCAGUUUGCUCUCUAAUACUUCAAUCAGGUUGGAGCUGGGACAUAACAAAAUGUGGAAAAAGGGGAAGUGUUGUGAAUAUUUUCUGUAUGCACGGUACGUAAAUAAAGGAUGUCGUGUAAAUAUGAUGUAAAAUAUCUCAAAUACAUAUUCUGUGCUCUGAAGUGUUUCAGAUAAAUUGCUGUUUUGUCUUGUCCAUGUCCUUAUCAUUUUCUUGUCACAGCAUUGAUUGAUCAUCAUACAUGGUUGUUGUUUUUUUCACACAAAUUCAAAGGAAUCAACCAUCCGUGUUUUUAAACUGUUCAAAAUUUCAUUUAAUGUGAAGUUUAUUGCUAAUUCCGUGCUUUGAGAUGUACCAAGAGCCGUUGGUUGGGUUGAAAAACAAUAAAUACAUUUUUAAAUAAAUACCAUCAAGACAUUA